UGCUUUCCCCGAAAGUGCUAGAGACACACCACAUAUAUAGAUAUACGACUUUGAUUUAGGAAUAAUAAUAUCAUUGAUUAGACAGAAAUGUAUUUCAUUUCAUUAAGUUUUAUUAAAUUUCCAAAGUCUGCUCUUCAUGCUUAUCAGUGAUACACAAUCUGGCUUUUAGAUAACUUGGUUUUACUAGUUGAAUCCCAGAGGAUAAAUUUAUUUACAAUUCUAGGGACAUCAUCCUGUGAUCCCCAUGUAUUUACACAAGCACAAUAUCAAAAAACAAAUCUGUAUUUUCUGCCUUCAAUAUUCCUAGGGAUGAAACAGAGAGUUUGAAAUGGAAGCUCCCAACCAGUCUGCUGUGAAAGAUUUUGUCUUACUGGGACUCUCAGCCCACCCAAAGCUGGAGAAAACCUUCUUUGUGCUCAUCCUGCUGAUGUACCUUGUGAUCCUAUUGGGCAACGGGGUCCUCAUCCUGGUGACUGUGUCUGACUCCCGCCUGCACACGCCUAUGUACUUCUUCCUGAGGAACCUCUCCUUCUUGGACAUCUGCUACACAACCUCUUCAGUUCCCCUAGUCCUGGAUGGUUUCCUGACCCCAAGGAAAACUAUUUCUUUCUCAGGCUGUGCUGUGCAAAUGUUUCUCUCCUUUGCUAUGGGAGCCACUGAGUGUGUACUUCUGGGCAUGAUGGCAUUUGAUCGCUAUGUGUCCAUCUGCAACCCCCUUAGGUACCCUGUGAUCAUGAGCAAGGCUGCCUAUGUGCCCAUGGCUGCCAGCUCCUGGUUGGCUGGUGGAACCAACUCCUUGGUGCAGAUUUCUCUUGCAGUACAGUUACCCUUCUGUGGGGACAAUAUCAUCAACCACUUCAUCUGUGAGAUCCUGGCAGUUCUAAAGUUGGCCUGUGCUGACAUCUCCAUUAACGUGGUCAGCAUGGGGGUGGCCAAUGUGAUCUUCCUGGGUGUCCCAGUUCUUUUCAUCUUUGUCUCCUACAUCUUUAUAAUUACCACCAUCCUAAAGAUACCCUUAGCUGAGGGGAGGCGAAAGGCGUUUUCCACCUGCUCUGCCCACUUCACCGUGGUGAUCGUUUUCUAUGGGACCAUCCUAUUCAUGUAUGGGAAGCCUAAAUCAAAGGACCCCCUGGGAGCAGACAAACAGGACCUUUCAGACAAACUAAUUUCCCUCUUCUAUGGACUUCUGACUCCCAUGCUUAACCCCAUCAUCUAUAGUCUGAGGAACAAGGAUGUUAAGAUGGCUGUGAAAAACAUGGUGGCUCAAAAAUGCUUUACCCAGUGA